CAAACGACGGGAUGGCGAGUCGCCGUUCUUUGAUCGAAUAUGGCUACCGGCUUCACAUUGUCGUUUUCUGGUGUUAUACUGGGAAAAUAACACCGUUGAUGGUGACAGCUCUACUAGCAAAUGAUAACGGGCACAAACGGGAAGAGCCCGGAAGUCAAAUAGCGGUUGAGAUCAACAAAGUGGACUAUGAUAUCAAUCAUGCAAACAGGGACUUGGACGGACCUCCAGUUGUCAAUAUGCCCUGAAGAUA